CUCCUCGCCGCCGUAGAGAGCUGCUGGGAGGCUGGUUCGGCGGCUGGCGAAGGGGGGACAAAAAGAAAAAAAAAAAAAAAAAGAAAAAAAGGAGAAAAAAAAAAAGAAGAGAGAAAGAGAAAAGAAGAGGGAUCAAACCCGCAGCUACUUCAAAGAGUACCAAGAGGAGCGGGCCAAGAGCGGCAGAGGGGACCGCGGGAAGAAGGGACAAGGCUGUGCGCUCUCGAGGCCCGGCGAGGAGGAUGAUAAACGUGGUGGCCGUGUGGCUGGUGGCCCUUUGCUUCCAGGCUGCUGUCCCGCAAACUACAAAUCUGAACCUUCCUCCUGAAGAUCUUGAUUCAUCUGGUGAUGAUGAUGAUGCAUUCUCAGGCUCAGGUGCAGGUCCCCUGACUGACCAGUCUCGCACAUGGAGAAUCCCAGAACCAACUAAUGCCACGUUGUUGGCAACACCAACAGGUUUCCAUGAACAGCCAUUUCCUGGGAUUGAGAGCCAAACUGAAAAGGAAGUAAUAACUCCUUCUGCAACUAGUAAUGUAGUGACAGAGGAGCCAGUUGUGGCUGUCAAGGACGAAAUAUCCAUCCUGGCCUCACCUGAUGAGAAACCAACAAGAGAUGUGGUUACAACAACAGUGAGAAGCCCUACCACUCACUUUCCUUCACUGGUUCAUGUCACUCCUUCAGAAGCCACAGGCACAAUCCAUGAGCCUGAACCUGAAAUCCCAAGCUCUGCUGUGCCAGACAGUAAAGAUUUGCCUGAGCCUCAUGCUACCAUCCAUAAUGAGGGAGACAUCACUGCCACCCCCACGAUGACAGCUGCAAAGGACGUUGUUCCUACGCAGGAGGAGGUUUCUGAAGAUGGCUCUGGAGACCCGGGAGACUUCAUUUUGACUAAAGAUGAGGAUUUGGUUCCCACCCAGAACUCAGAAGUGCUGGCUGACUCUGGGAGAAAUGCCAAAGCUGCAGGAGCCUCGGGAAUUAUGGACAGAAAAGAAGUUCUUGGAGGUGUUAUUGCUGGAGGACUAGUAGGCUUGGUGUUUGCAGUGUUUCUAGUUGCAUUUAUGCUGUACAGAAUGAAGAAAAAAGAUGAAGGCAGCUACUCACUGGAUGAACCAAAACAGUCUAACGGAGGAUAUCAAAAACCACACAAACAAGAAGAAUUCUAUGCAUAAACACUGACUUUCAGGACACUUCUUAUUCCAUCUUUCUUGGACUGUUCUCUCCCUGCACGUGGACCUCCUAAUGUGCUUUGCAUUAAACUUAAGCCAUAUGAUCAUUGGGUUAUUUGCCCUUACCACUUUGCCAUUGGAAAUUUUAUAACUACAAAGUAGAUCUGGAUUCACUGAACAUUCCCUGCUUUCUUGCACAACUUUAUUAUUAUUUUAUUUUUGUUUUCAAACAGAAGUGGGACUGCAAGUUCCUAAACUCACUUUGGUUUAUCUAAAGACUGCUGGGGCAGGCGUUGGGGAGAAGACAAGGGAGCACUGUAUGUAUAAACCUCUUGAAAUUUAGGGAAAGGGCUAGCAAGAAUAAACAAUUACCAGUGCUCAAAUUCUGUAUAGCAAGGAUCUUUCCUAUUUAACUCAUAGAUGUGUUUUAAGUGUAACAACUGGCUGUGCUGUUCAGGUGUUUGAUACACUGCAAUCCUCCAGCUCUAUCUGCCGUAUUUGGAGCACUUAAGGCCUAUAAGACAUCCAGCUGAACAUGAUUUCUAUUGAAAUGAGGUGUGAGGGCCAGGGUAAGCAAGUGACUGUCACAUGGUUUAAAAUAAAUCAUCUUUUGGAAGCAUUAUCCCAUACUCAGAACCAGCUCCUGAGCAGUUGGUGUGUACACUAAUAUCAAACAGACCCCAAAAGCAAGCAGAGACUUCAUUUUACCAAUAAUGUUGGGCUGCCCCACUACCCACUUGCUCCUUCUAAGCUUAGGUAAGAAAUAGAUUUUUUUUUUUUUUUUUUUUUUUUUUAAGCAGUCUCAUCUCAGACAUUCCCUCUCCUUUGGUGCCAAAUCUAGGCUGGGCUGUCGUGCUGCAAAAUCUCUUUCCCCUGCACUGCUGUGUGACUGAUGUGGCAUUGUACCACCUACCUCUCUGUGCACUGUUCCCAGUGGCUGUCUCAGAAUGUGUUCUGCUCUCUGUGCCAUAGAACACCAUGGCACACAGGGGUGGAAGGUAGAAAGCAGCAUUAUCAUAACUUUGCAGCUAAGGAGUAGGAAAACACAGCAUUUUGAAACAAGCCUGGUGAAGGCUAAGUGCAGGUGGCCUAAAUCUAUGGAACAGUUGGCAUGUUUGUCUCUCACAACUCUGGAAUGGCUCUUCAGAAGCUGUUCCUGCACUUUGGAGAGCAGCAGCUCCAGGGAUGUCAGACUAGUAAAGGCUGAAAAGCAAGUCCUGAGGAAAUUCUGGAUGCUUGAAGCUGUUUGUGGUCAGAUAGGAGGCACUGAGACCUCAUUUAGGGUCUGGAGUAUCUCAAACCAAGUGAGGAGAAAAGUGUGAUGUUCUGCACAAGCCUUACUCCUGCUCUGCCUUGGGUUAGCUUCUUGCAAGUUCAGUUCCUCAUCACUCAGUGCAUAAAGUAUGGGGUAGGUGGAGUGUUUAUAACUGAUGUAAAUAUUUGUAUUUUGGGGCCAGAGGGAAUGAUUUGAGAAUAUUGCAGAAGUUGGUACAAAUGUUGCACACGAGCAGUAAAACUUAAAAACCUGUGUAAUUUAAAUGAAGUAUAGAACACUCCUGAGCUGCUAUGCAGCUAAAAUUGGUGCCUUCUCUGCAAAUCCAAGAAAAAAAACCACAACUCCUUGAUUUCAAACUCUUCUUUAUGCACAAAGAAAAUACGUGUAGCUGGCUGUUUUUAACUAAAGCUGCAAAGUCCAUUAUGUCUUUUUUUUUUUUUUUUUUUUUACUGAAUGAAUUUUUAUAGGAUAAUGCAAUGACCAGAUGGUGUUAAUUUCAGCUGUAAUUCUUUGCUUUGUAUAGGAAUGUAGAAAUGUUGUUUGAUAGGUUUAUCUAUGAAAAGGUUCUUCUAAAGCACAGGAAGAUAAAGUGGUGAACUUCAGUUGUACCUCACAACCUUGUUAAGGGGAAAGGAAAAAAAAGACUGUAUAUUUUGGUAGUCUGAACUGACAGUUUGUGAAACAAACAUGACAUUCUGAAUUAUUUAAGUGGUACAAAUGAAAUACAAGUUCUAACAGAAGAUGCAACAUUUGGUUAUCUGUAUGCCAUGUAAAGGUAUACUGCAAUAAAUGGCAUUUUGGCAA